AGCAAAGAACACGGCGACCAUGGCUGCAAUCCGGAAGAAGUUGGUGGUGGUUGGCGACGGUGCCUGUGGCAAGACCUGCCUGCUGAUCGUCUUUAGCAAAGACGAGUUCCCCGAGGUCUACGUGCCCACCGUAUUCGAGAACUAUGUGGCCGACAUCGAGGUGGACGGCAAACAGGUGGAGCUGGCACUGUGGGACACGGCGGGCCAGGAGGACUAUGACCGUCUGCGACCCCUGUCCUACCCCGACACCGACGUGAUCCUCAUGUGUUUCUCGGUGGACAGCCCGGACUCGCUGGAGAACAUCCCCGAGAAGUGGGUGCCGGAGGUGAAGCACUUCUGCCCCAACGUGCCCAUCAUCCUGGUGGCCAACAAGAAAGAUCUGCGGAACGACGAGAACGUCAGGAACGAGCUGGCUCGCAUGAAGCAGGAGCCGGUGCGGACCGAGGACGGCCGCGCCAUGGCCGUGCGCAUCGGAGCUUACGACUACUUGGAGUGCUCGGCCAAGACCAAAGAAGGGGUGCGGGAAGUGUUCGAGACCGCGACCCGGGCAGCGCUGCAGAAGAGAGCACGGCCCAGCCAAGGCUGCGCCCACUGCUGCACCGUCCUAUGAUGCUUCCCAGCGACCAGCUGGAGUCACUCAGCAAGCCGACCUCUCCCCUUCCCUGGGUGCUUGAACAGUAAGAAGAUGCGGACAGUCUCUAGGAAGAAAACAUGGGGAUCAUAAAGAGGGUGUGGGGAAUAGAUUUUCUUUUCUUUUUGCUCCGAAAGAGCCGACCGAUCAUUGGGAGAGAGAGAACUGUUCUUUUUGUUGUUUAUUUUAAUUUAAUUCGGCGGAAGAUGAACUUUUCACACUGAUCGCGGACGGCACUGUCCCGCUAGACCCGCGGGUCGAUGGGUGGGUUGUGUGGCAUCCCGCAUGGGGUGUAGCCUUCGGACUGACUUGCAAUAUGCCAAUGUCUGUGUUAUGUAUGUAUGUAUGUGUGUGUCUGUGUAUGCAGACGCUGAUGUGUGUGUUCUCCUGUGAGAAGCGACGAGGACUGUAUGCUGUGGGUUUCUCCCCGGCUGGAUUGCUUUGUUUAAGGGACAUGUUGAUGCAGGAAGAGCUCUGAUCCGGCGAAUAAGACACGGGAAGAGUGGAAGGGGCACGUUGGCACUUUACUCGCCGACUGAAGAGCCGGCCCCAGCCUACCUGCGAGAGAAAGAGAGAGAGAGUGUGUGUGACUGACUAACUAACUGAAGGGUCGCGCCUCCCGCCCGAAGCGGACGAUCGCAGGUGGUCGGGCGCGACCUCCGAGCAAAAUACUGUUUCUUGCAGCACUGACGACAAACUUUGGGACACGCGCGAUAUACACAGAAAAGAAAAUGGGUCAAUGGGGAGAUAUUUUCAGUGUUUUCAUUAGUCUGAGCAUCUGUACUGGUCGAAAGGUGACUUUUUCCAAGAUCCAUCGAUAUUUUUGAUACGUCUCCCAAAUGGUACUGAGGUGGUCAUUCACCGACUCAGUUUUAAAACCAACCAGAAAAUGGCGAAGCUUCGCACUGAUGCCAAGACGUGCGUUUGUUUACAGAAUUAUAUACCGAAGUAUAAGCUGUGUUUUAAAAAAUAAUCUUUUCAUGCAAGGUAUUAAAUGUAAUCAAAUCUGA